UGAAAUGACAGAAAGAAAAAAGUCAAUCUAUGGUACGAUGACGUCACCACAACAUCGCUGACAAUUUCCUGUUUCUAUUCUCGAUUUGGGACCCGUAGAGAUGACCAGUAGAACUAGCACCAUGCUAUUCGAUUUAAUUCAAUAGAAACUUAUACUCAUGAACAUCGGUAUUUAGGACUACUGCUAAGAACAAGCGGAAAUGGCGACAAGUUCAGGUGAGACCUCGGUUGAGAUUCAGGAGGGUAUUUUAGCAGCAGUAGCAGAAGAGGAGUCGCCAGAGGAGGAAGAAACCUAUGAUAAUGACGACUACUACUGUGAUAAAUGUAAGUCCUCCUUCAAGACUCAGUGUGAAGUCCAUGGGCCCCCGGUGUUUGCCCUGGACUCUAGCACUCCUAUGGGGACCCUUCAAAGAGCUCUCCUCACGUUACCUGCUGGCCUGGUCGUUGGGAGGUCCCGGGUCAAGGAGGGCAGUCUGGGGAUUUUCAACCAGGGACAGGUGGUGCCAGUUGGAAUACAUUUUGGACCGUACGAUGGUGAAGUGACGUCAGAGGAAGAGGCGUUGAAAAGCGGCUACUCUUGGGUGAUCUGCAAGGGGAGAAACCGGUAUGAGUUCAUAGAUGCAACAAGAGACACUCACUCAAACUGGAUGAGGUUUGUGAUGUGUUCCCGUAGCAACCGCGAGCAGAACCUGGUUGCGUUCCAGCAGGGCGGGCGGCUGCUGUUCCGUUGCUGUUCUCCUAUCCGGCUGGGGCAGGAGCUGCUCGUGUGGUACUCGGAGGAGUACGCCAGACACCUGGGCCUGACCUGGGACCAGCUGUGGGACAACAAACUCUCCUCCAGUGGUUCAAACACAGAUAUUGGUUCACCUCAGCUGCUGGCGUGCCCCUACUGUCGGUUCUCCUUCCCUGCCAAACCCUACCUGCACAGUCACGUCAGGCGCUCGCAUCCAGAACAGCACCAUCACUUUCUGGAGACCCCUUCCUCCGAGUCCGAGUCCGAGGCGCUGGACCCACCCGUGGUCCUGGACACCUUUCUACUCGGCUCAGAUGGACCGCCUUCGGCCCAGAUGGAGCCAGUCACAGACACCGGCAAACAGGGAAGUGAAUCCCACCAAUCAAACGGCAUGAGGUGCUCCACGUGCAGGAACGGGAUCAGCGACACUGAUUGGCCAAAAGACACAUCAUCAUCGGUGUCACCCACCAAUGAAAAAGGCCACAUUUGUGCUCUCUGCGGGAGAACCUUUGCGCGGGCGUACCACCUGAAGCGCCACGAGGAGGCUGUCCACUCUCCAGACAAACUCUACCUGUGCAGACCGAGCCACAAGCCACAGAAGAACCUGAGAAAGAACCUGAGGAAGCCCUCGAACCCGCGGAGGCACAGGCCGAGCCCGCAGACGGAGGUGGAGGAGGAAGAGGAGGAGGAGGAGGCGGAGACAGCAAGGGGGGCUCCUCUGGAGGUCUACCCCUGCCCACAAUGCUCUACUGCCUUUGUGACUGAGCAGAGUCUGCAGGAACACGUCGAGCUGAAUCACCCACAGGGUGAAAGGUCAGAUGCGUUUUCAACCAUUGUAGAACUCUCUGAGUUGGACUUCUGCGACCCAUCAGACCCGCCAUACGAACCUCCCGCUCGGAAGCACAACCUCAGGAAGGCGAGCCUCAUGGUCCCGUCCCAGAGAAGAGGAAGGGGGCGGCCGCGCACCAGAAUUGCUCUACUGACUCGACCCAAACGGAAACGAACUCCGAAGGCCCAGCGAGAGGGCGUCGACCCUCAGUCUCAAGCCCAGACGCACAUCUGCUGCCAGUGGCGAGAAACGUUGGCGGACGGCGCCACGGCGACAUCCCACAGCUGCUGCGCCCAGAAUGGCACGCAGCUGACGUGCGCGGAGUGCCAACGUGUGUUCGCCGACCGGGCGGCGCUGCGGUCGCACGAGUGUGUGCUGCAGGAGGGCGAGGGCCUCUACAGCUGCCCCCAGUGCAGCCUGCCCUUCAGCCAGCCGUCCAACCUGCGGCGGCACCAGCGCACCGUCCACGCCCUUGUCAAGCCCUACUGCUGCGGCCAGUGCGGCAAGUUCUACACGCAGGCCAGCGGCCUCAAGCGCCACCAGGAGGGGCGCCAGCACAAGCGGAGGCGGCUCGCCAGCGCCUCUGUCGUCGUCGCCACGGCGACCACCGCCGCGGCCACGCCCAUCUACUCCUGCGCCUACUGCCAGUUCUCCUUCACCGCCCAGCGCUACCUGCACAAGCACGUCAAGCGGCACCACCCGACUAAGUUCAUCCAGGCGUUAGACGGCGAGCCGCAGAGGGAGGAGGAGCAGGAUGAGGAGGAGGAAGAGGGAGGCGGCGGUGCCCGGGAGGGGUUGGCGCGGGUGGCGACGCAGGCGCGGGUGCCCCAGAGCUGCCCGCAGUGCGAGAAAACCUUCAUCAGCAUCAAAGGCUUCAAGUCGCACCGCUGCUUUCGCCGCGGCGAGAAGACCUACCCGUGCCUCGUCUGCGACAAGGGCUUCACCAGCUUCUACAGCCUGCGUCAGCACCAGCGCAUCCACACGGGCGAGAAGCCGCACGUCUGCCCGCACUGCUCCAAGAGCUUCGCGGUGGUAGGCCAGCUGAACGUGCACCUGCGCACGCACACGGGCGAGCGGCCCUACCUGUGCUCGCAGUGCGGCGAGGGCUUCCGGCAGUCGGGCGACCUGAAGCGGCACGAGCAGAAGCACCUGGGCGUGCGGCCGCACCCGUGCCCGCAGUGCCCCAAGAGCUUCAGCCGCCCGCAGAGCCUCAGGGCGCACCUGCAGAUCCACAGCGGAGAGCGCCUCUACCGCUGCGCCCAGUGCAACAAGUCCUUUACCCGCGGGUACCACCUCACGCGACACCACCACAAGAUGCACUCCUUACAGGAACAGCAAGAUGGCAGCAAGAAGAAAUCAGGCCAUGAACCAUAAUCUGAUGUCAUUUCUCGGUUAUCAGCUGUCUGAAGAAAAAAAAAGAAACAAAUCUCAAUGAUUAUGAUGAUGGCGUUGGUGGUGAAGAUUAUAAUUAUUAACUAAUAAUCUGUUGAUUGUGAAACUGUGAUUGUUAAGGCAGCUAUCAUCCCACCAGAUUGCACCACAAGAUGCAGUCCUUGUGAAUGAGGUCGUUCAGAAUGGGACACAUUGACACUGGAAGUGAUUAGACUUUCACCUAACUGGGAUUCUGUGGACCCCAAGCUCGAUCAGGGCCGGGUACACUUCUGAGAGAUCCGCCAUCUUACCGAUGAUUAUACCGUCAAUAACAAGAUUGUUGACAUGUUCAAAUGAUUGGAUCAUACUAGUUAUGGUACUGCACAGUUAUGCAGUUAUUGCAUGAGUGGAGCGAGGAAUGGUAGAGGUGUCUGUAGCCAGGAUGUUAGCAUUACACGUAUGGAAUCUAAAAUGAUCUUCAUUUUUGAUGGGAAUGUACUUGCACUAAUGUACAGUAUUUUGAAAGAGUUGGAAGAGUUGACUUGAGUUCCUUGCGUACAGGCCAGGUGGAAUGAGGAAGACCACAGCUGUGACAAUCAGUGGAGGCCAAAGACUUUGAUCCUCCAUCUUGGCCAUCCUACCAUGUGCACACAAGCACUCAUAAACGUCAUUACUGAACUAGACAUCGCUAACGAGAUUUCACCUCUGUGUAACAGAUAACAGGGGUGACAGUAACAGAUAACAGUAUGUCUGUAUGUAUGUAUGUAUAUUACAUAUACGUUUUCUCAUGCUUACUGAAAGCUGCUUUGCGUGCACAGUCUUACUGUGUCCUGCUUCAGCCACUUGUAUGUAUCCAGACACAAAUAAAGACGGGACUUUGGCAUCUUGUUGUAAGAAGCCCAGAGACGUUCGAAUAAACUUUCAGUUUAUUUGG